AUGACCGACACGAGUACAGUGGAAUGCGAAGAUGAUAUCGACCAUCACAAUGAGUUACCUCGAAAUCAUCCUCACAGCACUCUCGAUUCGCAUCGCACCCUCUGGAUGGGCGAUCUUCAACCGCAAUGGGAUGCACAGUUCAUUUUAGCAGCCUUCAAGGAACUCGGUCAUGUUCCAUCGACUGUAAAAAUGGUGACCGAUAGACAAACUGGUGUGGUAAGUUCAUACAGUUUUCCGCAUUUAAUUGCGCUUAUUGCUUCGUGGGGCGUGGAAUUCAAUUACGGCAGCCGAAAUUACGCGGAUGCGAUGCUGAGGGCAAAUGGCCAUAAGAUUGCAAAUAGCGAGCCUCGAUCUCGAUUUAACCUCUCAUUUGCGAAUGAUCCACGAGUGCCGUCGAUCGAAGUUUGCAAUUCCUUAUCGAGUUCAAUCUUUUUGCCAACAACAUUCACCCGGAUCUUGACGAUGCUGCUCUCUACCAGGUGUUCGGCGCUCGAUACCGUUCCUGUCGUGGAGCAAAAGUGUACCGUAAUCGCGAUGGAACAUCAAGAUGCCUUGGUUUUCAUCCGUUUUGGAGAUCAGACGGAACAGCAGAUGGCUUUGGUCGAGAUGAAUAAAACGGUAGUGCGAGGUCGUGAAAUUAUACUCAAACUCGCGGCAGCUAAACAACGGCUCCCACGACAUCAGAUUCGUGAUGGAAUGCAGCCCCAACUGAUUGCUGAUCCAUCGAUCGCUACCUAUAAUCAGAUGGCUGCUUACCAACAGCCACAACAGCAACCACAGGUAGCUUACACUUACACUCAACCGCAAGCAACUGUUGUGGCCCAACCUUCUGAACUAGUCUAUCCAUACAAUCCAACCGCAGAAGAGGCAAAUGCUGAACUCAUUGCGAAUGGCGACGCGUGGUGGGAGGAAUUGGAAGAGAGCAGGUGA